AUGAAGGGACCCAGCAAAGCUAUUGGGGGCGUCCUCGCAACACUUAUUGGUCUGACCCAGGCGAACUCUGACAUCGUUUCACUCUUCACCAAUGGCGCGGCCUACAUCCAAGAGGCCAGUGCGACUCUUGUUCUACCCAAGCUUCCCAGCUCGGUCUCAGGAGACGUCGCGAUAUGGAGCGCCAUCAUGAUGGAGAACCAAGCCUCGUUCCUGCAAGGCGUGACUUCCAACUCUCCUAGUGGGUCGUACUGUAACGAUGGAGGAAAGAGUUGGUGUAACUUUGCGUACACUCUGGUUGGCUCAAAUCCUACUGUUGGUGACCCUGUCACUGCUUCUCCUGGAUCCACGAUUAGAACGCACUACAAGUUGAACUCGGCAACGAACCUCUGGGACCAAGAUGUCUACAUCGACAACAAACUCGCUUCCUCAGUCUCAACCAGUAAAGGGCAGAAGGGAAACAUCUUUUACAUCUCUAUUGAGUGCGCAUCCGGCGGCUGCGCUGAAAACCCCGCCCACAGCUGGGAGGAUGUCUCCAUUGUGCUCAGUCAGGCCGACGAAAGCUUCGGACAUAGUGGAGGCUGGGAACAUGGUGCUACCGGGGGCGAAAUGUCAUCUCCUGACAAUGGCAAGACUUGGAACUUCAGCACUCUCAAUAUUCCGGCACAGAAGGCUCAGUAA